CCAUACGGCGGCGGCGGUAUUGCUAAUCGAAAAUCAAUCGGCUCUUAUCAGUAUGUCAACGAAAAAUCGCUUAUCAGUAUUAACCUCUAUUAACACCUGACACGGAUGAGUAUUCAGUCUAUAAUAUUCGAGUACGUCGCAACAGUUCUCACUUCUGACAUAGUCGCGUCUUCGCGUAAUUUACUACCUCUCUCUAUACCCAUUUAAUUUUUAUUGCGAGUGUUGCUGAAAACAUACGAAUCCACAUACUUAUUCUCUCGCGUAACUGAAAAUUAUGGAAGGUGAGAUUUUAUACACGAAUGGAGGACUUUACGAACACGAGAUCGCAUCCGAGCACCAUCAUCACCAUCAAAUCCAACAGCACGCCACUCAACAGCAACAACAGCAACAAAAUAUGGUCAGCGAGCAGCAACAACAACAACAUCAUGUGGUCAAACACGAGCACGUGCCAGUUACAACUUCAGCUCCAUCGUACGAAGGAUCGUGUUGGCAAUUCAUGCCACCUGAUUAUCCUUACUGUUCCGAAGAUGAUUUCAGGUUAUUAGAUAGUAUGAAAAUGCCCGGCCAGGCCAGAUCUUCUGGAUUCCAUAUAUGUGAUAUAUUAGAUUUAAAUGAUGCCAAAGUACACGCCGGAGAUCCUUCGGUUAAUCUCGGUUCAUCAACAAUACCAGGUUCUUCCGAGAUGAACGGUCAAACUCCUUCAAAUUUCUUCUUCCCAGGUUCCCUGCAUAAUGUCUUACCACCGAACGAAUCGCCUUUACAGAACUGGCCCACAUCGCUGACUGAACUCAGAGGUUUCAGCGCAAGUCAACAACAACAACAAGCCAGCCCAGACAGCACAUCGCCCGGCGUGACGGACAUCACGGACACAGCGAGCACGCCCAGCUUACUAAACGCCGACUCCUCGGGAACGAUGAAAUCCGAAAGCGUCGACUUGGACGAAGAAAUCGAAGAAGAUAUCGAAGACGAGCACUCGCUGCAGCAAAACAAAUCGCUAACCGAGCUGCCCAUGAAUGGCGGUAUCUCGGCCAACGGCAACCAUAAAAAGCGUAAAAGACGAGUGCUUUUUAGCAAAGCGCAAACGUACGAAUUAGAGCGACGAUUCCGCCAACAACGUUACUUAUCAGCUCCCGAACGCGAGCAUCUAGCUUCCAUAAUCAGAUUAACGCCAACCCAGGUCAAGAUCUGGUUCCAGAAUCAUCGUUAUAAGACAAAAAGAGCCCAGCAAGAGAAAGGUCUGCAUAUCGAUCACCAUGUAGGCAAUAAUAUGCCAUCGCCUAGACGAGUCGCCGUACCUGUGCUGGUUCGCGAUGGUAAACCAUGCACGGCUUCGAAUGGCGGCAACAAAAACGACCAACAGCAAUUAGUAAUGCCGUCUUAUACCCAUCCGCUCAUACACCCACAACCUCCUCGAACGUGGUGGGGCCUAGAGUAGGAAGACAAAACCGAGGUUUCAUUUCAAACUUGUUACUAAUUUUGUUGUUUUAUUACCUUUAUUAUGUUGAAUGUUUGUUGAUUACUUUUAAUGAGUUUUAUCGUUCUCUUUUCAUCCUUCCCCAUGUCUUCGCAAAUUGUGUUUCUUUUCCCUUUCUUCUGUACCUUUUUCCAUUAAUAACUCAUUCAUUUCGUCGAGAAUAUCUUAUAUUCUAAAGCUUUCUUCCUUCGAACGUGUAUCGUGUGUACAUCGAUCGUAUUAUCAGUACAAUGGCGCUAUAAUCUUAAGUACUUGAAUCAAGUACGAUUAACAAUUCGCAUCUUUCAAUUCAACUUUCAUAUAUCUUUAUCGAUUACCUUCCAAUAACACGAACAACAAAUUUUAUAACGGGUAUUUUAUUUCAUCAGUACAUUCCAUAGUAUGUACAAUUGGAUCUCAAUUUUUAGCCAAUUUUGAGUCGUAAUGUUUUUUUUUUCGUUUUUUUUUCUGUUUUUUCCUUUUUUAAGAUUUUUUUUCUAACUGCGUCGUUUUUGUGUCUGAAAAUAGUCCCAAUUACGAGUAUUAAUUUAUAAAGACGAUAACUAUUUUUGGAAAAAUUUAAUGUAGUUCUAAAAUUCAAAUUUCAAUGUAUAGGUAAGGUACCUACCUAGUACCUAUUAAAAUUAUUAUAGCCAAUAAUUUUCGUCAUUAAAUACGCCCAUGUAAAAAAAUAAUAAUUUAUUAGACAAUUUAGUCUACUAGCUGGAAAGUUAAUUUAGUGUUUUAAAAAAUAUUUUAACGCAAAAUUUUUUAUUUUCGAGAGGGCAUAAUAUGGAAAAAUAUUAAUUUUUGAAGCAUUAAAAAUAGAUAUCUUUACCGCAGUUUACCAUUCGUUUAUUAUUAUUUCUGUUUUCCCCCUUCCUAUAUAGUAAACUGAGACUAAGUUACCUUAUUUUUUAAGUUCUUCCCGCAUUAAGCAUCGGCUAAAGAGGCGACUCGGUGCAAGGUAUUCGAAAAAAAAGUAUUGCAAUUUCGUGUAGAUGGGAAUUUGAGUCCAUUUUCGUGAUGACGAAGACGAAAAAUCCUUUUGGAAAAGAGGAUAUCAGGUAAUGGAAGAAUAUUUGAAUUACAUAUUUUUAGGAAAUACUGCAUAAGAACCAAUUUGAAAUAAUACCUUGGAAAAGAACCGAUUUGAUGGAGAUUAAGUCAUUUAGGACAGGCUCAGUAUAAAAUAGGGUUAAAAAAAAAAUUGACAACAAUUUGAACAAACAGACCAUUAGAUAUUCGCUGAUUACAAGAGAGUUUUCGCAUUUACCUUUUGCUUAUUGGCUGCUUUAUUGCUUUAUGAUUGUAUUUAAAUGUUUCUUCAACAAAUCUACCGUUUCACUUCUUGUAGACAGGAAGAUGAUCGAUUUCUAUAAAAUUAAAUUCAAAAAAUAAUUUAUUACAUACCAUUUAAAAAUUUCCGUAGAAAUGUUUGAUGAAUAGUACCUUCUGAAAUUUCUCGCGCAAAAGCUAUAAGAAUACUGCCAGAAAAAGAAUUUUAAAACUUGAAAAAAGUGGAGGGGUUAGGCAAACUCUUCAAACAUUAAAGAGUGUAUAAAUCAGAACCAUCGAAUGAUUGAGAGUGGAUAAAGCUCGUUUUUCAAAAUUUUAUUUGGGGCUUCAAUAAACAUUGCCAUGCUUCUGAACCUCUUCAAGUUAACCCGACAGACUGAAAUUUGAUGCAUAGAUUUAAAUUGAAACCUAGAUCAAUGUUUUGGGUACCUAUUUCAAAUUCAACUAUCUAACCCCUCUUCAAUCUUUUAUAAGUUUGAAAAAAUUGAUUUUAAUAUUUCGAGCCAGUUUUUAAUUUCCUAACGUAACUGAAAUCCACUCUAUUGAACUUGAUCGGCUAAAAUUCAUUAUAACACACUAAGAAAGCACUUGAGAUGAGUUUUCUAAGGACUUGGACUUCAUAAGCCUUUUUUCAACAUCCAUUUGCUAAUUUUUUCCAUUUUUGAUAAAGUGAAUUUUCGUUCGUUUUGUCAGCAGAUUUGAAUUUUGAGUCAAUACUACAUCUCUGAACCUCGAUUGACUCAAAGAGCUACGAAAUUUGGCACAGAAUUUUGAAUUCAAUGGGUCAGGGAUGUUCAGAAACUCAAAUCGCAACUUAUAAGGGGGGAUGAUCGAGGGAUUGCACAAGUUGUACUACCCAAAAGUGGCAAAAAACAACGAUUUUUUCAAAAAUGCCCCUACUUUGAGGACCUCUGGCUCAGCUCCGUGAACAACUGGGGGACUUGAAAUUUUUCUGGGUAGUCUCCCACUCGAAGUAAACUUUCCCACCAAUUUACGUUAAAAUCCAGGAAAUGUUUUUUAUCCAAAAAUUUACGAUAUGAAUCAACAAAAGAGGGAUAUUAAUAUCGUAAAAUGAGAUAUUCGCAACGAUUCUGCAGGAGCCUGAUUUUUGCAUGUCUUUCAUAUGUAUAAAUUUUUUCAUCCAAAAGUCUAUUUCAACUUUGGUUGGGAAUUAUUGAUUUCUGCAAUUUCGUUCAGAAACUGGAAUACCUACCUAUUGACUUACUUCGUCAUGUAAUUAGUCUUGUUACCAUUUUUCUCAAAAAAUUCACAUUUUUUUUAAAAAUAUUUUUUCCAUUUUUUUUUUUUUUUUGGAAAUCAAAACAAAAUAUAAAAGAUUUUUUUACAUUUUAUUUGAAAACGACGUCAUUCAUCAAAAUGUCAGGGAAAUAUAACUUUUUUAGGCCCGUAAUCAGCACCAUGACAUCAGGUUGCCGUCCUGACUGGCGAAAGACUCUACCAUGGUUGAUAGGAAUUGUGAAUUCUUCCACAUAAUAUAAAGAAUUUGUAAAUUUUCCCUCUUUUCAUAAAAAACCUGGAAAAUCUUAAAAACAAAAAACUUUUCAUUAAAAAAUUUAAAUGUCAAAUUUUAAAAAACAUGGAUUCAAGUUUGCUUAAAAAUUAAUAAUCAUAGAAGAAAAAUUUGGAGCAAAAAUAUACAAAAUAACGUUCAAUUUGAUUGGCCAUUAUUUUUUUUUAAAUUGAAAAACAUUGAGUAAGCCUGAAUUUGAAUUUUCUGCCCUGAAUGAAAAAAUAUAGCCCAUUAGAUUAAGUACAUAGGUACCUACAUAUUCGUACCUACUUUGAAAGAAAAUCGAAAAGUCGAAAUUUUUAAACAUGGGAUUUAUGGGAGCUUGGGCAUGUCUGUCAAUUCUUUCUUACCUCUUCAACCAGUAUUCCCGAAUUUGAAACGGUUACUCAUAAGAAGGGGCAGCAGGGAAACAGGGUUUAAGAUCUUUGAAAUCUUCGGUGUAAUUAAUGAACACGAAUUUACUAGAAAAAAAUUUCAAACUCUUCGGAUAGGAAAUUUGAUAUGGAAUAUUUUUUAAGAAAACUAUAAUGAAUCCAUUCCUGCGGAGACGUGAACAAAACCUUAGUUAAAAAUUGAUAAAAUUCAAAAUUCUAUAGAACUUCAAAAAGAGCCAUUUUCUCUAUUUUUUAAAAUCAAUGAGUUGAUCUUUUUUUUUUGAAAAAAUUACGAACUCUUUGGAUGAAAAAUUUUGAUAGGAACAUUUUAGAAGGUGAUUAAUUUCUUUGUAGAAUGCAUCCAUGUGGAAAUAUGAGUAAAAAACCACUUUUGGAAAAAGUCUGGCCCUUUUUGAAAACUCAAGUCUGAAUAUCUCACUCGAAUAAUGAAUAACAACUGAACUGUACCUACUCAUCAAUGCUGUGUUUCAAAGACAAGAAAAUUACUCAUCUUCAUCUCUUAGAUCUACCUGGUAUGUCAAUAUCUAGAGAAGGAAAUCGAAAAAUUUCACAGAUGGUAUCGAGAUACCUCAAAACAAAAAAAUUCAUCACGCAUAGGUCUUUGCUUUCGAACCCUUAGGUAUUAUUUUUUCCUCAUUACCAUCGUCUCACUUUUCCUGUUUUCAGACAUUUUUUUUUUCAAUUUCGAACCAAUUUGACCCUGAAAUCGUCUUCAAUCACGAAUUCGACUAUGACAAUUUCUUCAAAAAAAAAAAAAAAAACCUGUAUUAGGCUACAGACAGACGGGUACGCAAUACUCCCAUUCUGAACUACCUUGCACAUUUUAAUAAAAGAGCCAAAGAAACAAUUUUUUGUGGUACCUACGCCUCAGUACGAGCCGGUAAUUUAUUCUAAGUAUACAUUCCAUAUAUUGUAUAAGUACAAGUGUAAUAUCGAUACAACGAAGCUUAAAUCGAUAAAAUGUAAAUAAGUAAGCAAAUUCGUUUCCUAUAUAUUUGUUAAUUUUACGCGAAUAUCAUCCGUAGUAAUAAAUUCCAUUAAAAUGUUGAUCUCAUGAGUUAUAGGUGGUAUAGGAUGAAAUAUAUACAUACGUCAGUAAAGGUACUCGAAUAUGCAGGCGGUGCGAAAUUCCAAGUAAAUUCGAUUUUUUUUUUAUCACGAAACUGUUUCACGAUUUCGCGUCACCGUUAUCAAUACGCGUCAAUAAUUAUUUGUAUUUCAAGUACGUUAGCAAAUAAGGCAUCCAAAAAACACUUACUAACUGCGUGACCUUUCUCGUUACAAAUUAUACUUUAAGAGUAUAUAAUCUUGAUGGCAUUACAGUAUAUAACGUAUUAACGUAGAAUUUUGACACAAUACUAUACACGAGUACCUGAGAGUUGUAACGUAUUAUAACUGGUAUGGCUGAAAUGCGUAAUGAAUAAUUUUUAUAUAGAAUUUCGCACGUGCAAGUGCAAGUAAAACACGCGUUUAUAAAUUUCCAUUAGUCAGUCUUUUAUAUGUAGGUAUCUACCUACUUGAUACGCCAUUUUAAAAAUGUAGGUGUAUACGAAGUACGUUGCAUUACAUAUACCUACCUACCUACUGUAUGAUAAGAUGUAAUCGUAUAGAGAUUUUUUCAAAAAAAAGACUUCAACGUGUUGACAAUUUACGUAGGUAUAGCUAUUAUGUUUUGGCUCGAAAGGAGCCCAUCGUGGUUGAGUUGAUAUCAUCGAAUAAGCGUAUAAAUGGCGAAUUAGAGGAUUAUGUAACUUUGUAUGUAGAUAUGGUUAGCGUUUUGAAGCCUAAAACGUCCUAGUCAGUAGUUCGAUUAAGAUGUAAUAUUUACUAACAUUUUAUUGUAGAGGAUCCAUUCGAUACGCGUAAAUGUGGUCUUCGAUGUAAAUAUAUGAAUGUUAAAUAAAUUUUAUAUAAUUUAA